CAUCUCUACCACUUCUCCUGGGAAGGGAACCUUGCACGUCGCCAAGCAGAGAACCAUUAGUAGGUACCAGAGCAUAGGAAAGGAUCCAUCGCGACGUACUCGACAACAGCUACCUAGCGGAGGCAAUGGCGUCACUCCUGUCGCCGAACACCGUCGGCGCGACCACGGCGAGGCCGAACACCAGCAUCAGGAGAGGCCGUGUCACCGCCAUGGCCACCAAGGGCCCCAAGCCCAGCUCCGGCACAAAAAGGUCAUCGGGCACGGUGACGGUGUUCCCGGUGUCGGUGGGGAGGCCGGCGGGCCCGCCGCGGCCGGGCACGACCAAGGGGUCGGCGCCGGUGAAGCUGCUGACGAACGUGCAGAAGCUGCGGCUGCUGACCAAGGCGGAGAAAGCCGGCCUGCUGUCGGCGGCGGAGCGCGCGGGGCUGUCGCUGUCGGCGGUGGAGCGGCUCGGGCUGCUCUCCAAGGCGGAGGAGCUCGGGGUGCUGUCGGCCGCCACCGACCCAGGCACCCCCGGCGCGCUGCAGGGCCUCGCGCUGCUGCUGCUCGCCGCCGGCCCCGCCGUCGUCUUCCUCGUCCCCGAGCAGUACCCCUGGGAGGUCGCGCUCCAGGCCGUCGCCGCGCUCGUCUGCGUCGCCGGGGGGUCCGCCGCGUUCGCCGCAUCCAAUUUCGUGUCCAGGCUCCAGGGCUCCUCCGGCUGAUCGGUCUCCGCUCUGCUUAUGCGGUUUUGGCGCGUUUCCAGCAUCAGUAAUCAGUAAUGUUGCCUAGAGUU